CUGCUGCGGCCGGAGCGCUGCGCCCCGCGGGGCCGGGGGCAGCCAUGGCGCUGGCGCUGGCGCUGGCGCUCGUCUGCUUGCCGCCGCCCGCCGCCGCCCGCCCGGGCACGGACACGGGCACGGGCGCGGGCGCGGGCGCAGGCAUCCUGUUUAGCAAUAGUAGUGCCAGGGGACGAACCUUUGUAGGCUAUAACAAAUACAUCACAUAUGAACCUAUACCUGAGCUCACCUUUGACAACAACCACAAUAAUGGAAAUGAUUCGGAAGUUGGAUCAACAUCCAUCAAUAAGACCAAAGUGCCAGCGAGAUCCAUCUCAGAAGAUGCUGAAAGAUACCUGGCUAGUCGAUGGCUGACUCGUUUUGUUCCUUCAGUUUACACUUUUGUGGUUCUGACAAGCCUCCCUCUGAACAUUGUGGCAAUUCUUGUGUUCCUGAUAAAAAUUAAAAUAAAAAAGCCGGCAGUGGUGUAUAUGCUGAAUCUGGCCUCUGCAGAUGUCCUAUUUGUAAGUGUGCUUCCCUUUAGGAUUGUCUACCACUUUUCUGGAAACAACUGGGUGUUUGGACCGGAAAUGUGCCGUUUCGUUACUGCUGCCUUCUACUGUAACAUGUACUGUUCGAUAUUGCUGAUGACUAUUAUAAGCAUAGAUCGUUUCUGUGCUGUGGUGUAUCCUAUGGAGUCUCUCACAUGGCGUACAUUAACGCGUGCCUGUAUAAUCUGCUUUGCCAUAUGGGUUAUAGCAGUAGUUGGUGUUAUGCCCCUUCUCAUCACAGAGCAAACUAUGGAAGUCUCUACCUUAAAUAUUACAACUUGCCACGAUGUGUUGUACAAAGAUCAGCUUAAAGAUUUCUAUUCUAUAUUCUUUCUCAUUUUCUCUUCCAUUUUCUUUUUCGUGCCAUUAAUAAUUACCACCAUCUGUUAUGUAUGUAUCAUCUGGUGCCUUAGUUCUUCUGACAUCAUUGCAAAGCAAAGUAAGAAAAUGCGAGCCUUACUUCUGUCUGCAGCUGUUUUCUGCAUUUUUAUUGUUUGUUUUGGACCAACAAAUGUCCUUUUAUUAAUCCAUUAUGUAUAUUUUUCUUAUGACAUCAGUUUAGAAUAUAUCUAUUUUGCCUAUCUCCUCUGUGUUUGUAUUAGCAGUAUCAGUUGUUGCAUUGAUCCUUUCAUUUAUUAUUAUGCUUCUUCCGAGUGUCAGAAACAGCUUGGUAACCUUCUGUGCUGUAAAGAGACUUCUGAACCUAGCAGCAGUAGCAGUAAUGGACAGUUAAUGACUAAGACCAGUAGAAGUAAUACCUGCUCCAGUACUGUGAAUAACAGUGUUUACAGGAAACUGCUAACCUAAAGUUUUUUAAAUAAGUAUAUGCAUUUAAGGUUGCAUUCUGCUUCAGUGUAAUAAUAUUGAAUGCCUGCUUUUGAACUCAGUGGCUGCAUCUACACAAGAUGCUGACUUUGCAGUAUCUUGUUACUACUGUGCAGUAGCGUCAUGUGGAAAGAAGUGUGAUGUGACACUGCUGCUCAGUAGUAAUGAGCUACUGCGCAGUCAGCGUCACCUAAAGGCCAUUUGGUGGUGCUACUGCUCAGUAACUCCAGUUACUGCGCAGUCAUUUAGUACUUGUUUAUACAAGUACUAAAUGACUGUGCACUAAUGACUGCACAGUCAGCGUUGCAUGUAGAUGCAGCCAGUUUCAUUCAAAACACAAAAGCAAUGUCUAUACUUAGCCUGCCAACUAACAAACCCAUUCUCCAUCCCACCCCAUGUCCUUGGGACCUCCUUAAAACUGUCUUCACUGCCUAACUGCCUGGUUUGAAUGAACAUAAAAUUGGGGAAUGGGAAGGAAAAGCUUGUUUCUUGGUAAUGGUCUUGGGCUCAACAGAGAACAGUGUUAACAUGGCCAUUGUAGAACAGAGUCAUUACAGUAAUUGACAGAUCAACCCAUACUCCAGAAAGCAUGUGUAUAUUUAUUGUAUAUAGGUGAACAGAGAGAAAGAAAUAAAGAACUUUGCAAAGGCUUUCAAAGAUUUUCAGGUAAAUUCAGAUCAAUUCUCUUAAGACUUAAGAGUUCAUUCUGUUGUAGAACCAGUGAAAUAUUUCCUGUUUUAAGAAUUUACCAUCUUAAAUCAUAUACCAUUGUUAAGUAAAAUAUAAUCAGUCCAUCUACCUAUUUUCUCAUAAAAUUAAAAUGGCAUUCCAGCUAA